CGCGGGCCGCGGCUGAGUCUCCGCCUGGAACCGGGCGGACGUCGGGCCCGCAGACCCCCCUCCGACCGCGCUGGGAGCCGCCGCCCGGUGCGCCGGCGCCUCGCGCAGCUCCCUGGGCCCGAGUCCGCAGGGCCGCCGAGGAGCCGAGAGGGGACUGCGCGGCGACCCGUCGCCGUCGUCACCCGGGAGGCCGGAGGGCGCUUUGUUGGUUUGCUUUAAAAUGAGAGCUUGAGCUUCCCCGACAGGUGCACUAGGUCGAAUUCAGCGGAAAUUCCCCUCCCCGUCCCGGCGGCCGGCGCAGACCCGGCCCCCGCCCCUGACCGCGGAGGGUGUCACCGGCGCGUCCCGGGCCGCCCAGCCUCGGGAGCGCGGGCUGCUGUGCAGGCGCCCGGGGAGCGCAGGGCACCCCGCCCGAAGACAGCCCCCCGGAUUCCGUCCCCGAACAGGAUCAGACCUGCGCCUAGCCUGGCAGGAAGGCUGUAACCGUGGGAAUUCAGCUACCGACCCAGGCAGUAUGAAGAUUUUCUUUGUAGAACCUGCCAUUUGCCUUAGUGCAUUUGCUAUGACUUUGAUCUCUCCGCUCACAACACAGUAUGUGUAUAGGAGAAUAUGGGAAGAAACGAGCAACUACAGUUUUGUAUCUGAUAGCAAUGCUUCUGAGUGUGGAAAAAAUAAAAGCAGCCCGAUUUUUGCAUUCCAGGAGGAAGUUCAGAAGAAAGUGUCUCUUUUUAAUCUGCAGAUGGACAUAAGUGGGUUAAUUCCUGGUCUCGUGUCUACCUUCAUUCUUCUGUCUCAUAGUGAUCAUCAAGGACGGAAGUUCCCUUUGAUUUUGUCUUCUGUUGGUGCUCUUGCGACCAGCGUUUGGCUCUGUGUGCUCUCCUACUUUGCUUUUCCAUUCCAGCUUUUGAUUGCGUCUACCUUCAUCGGUGCGCUGUGUGGCAAUUAUACCACAUUUUUAGGGGCCUGUUUUGCCUACAUAGUUGAUCAAUGUACAGAACAGAAACAAAGAACAAUUAGAAUAGCUAUAAUUGACUUCUUACUUGGACUUGUCACUGGAUUAACAGGACUGUCUUCUGGCUAUUUUAUCAGAGAACUAGGUUUUGUGUGGUCCUUUUUCAUUAUUACCAUGGCCCUUGCUGUUAACUUGAUUUAUAUUUCAUUUUUUCUUGGCGAUUCACUGAAAGAGUCUUCAUCUCCGAAUGUUUCCGUAUCAUGUAGUGAAAGCUUUAAAAACCUAUUUUACCGAACUUACGUGCUUUUUAAAAAUGCUUCUAGUAAGCGGCGGUAUUUUCUCUGUUUGUCACUUUUUACAAUGAUCACUUAUUUUUUUGUGAUAAUUGGCAUUUCCCCCAUUUUUAUCCUUUAUGAACUGGAUUCACCGCUCUGCUGGAAUGAAGUCCUUAUAGGUUACGGAUCAGCUCUGGGUAGCAUCACUUUUUUUAGUAGUUUCCUAGGAAUAUGGCUUUUUUCUUACUGUAUGGAAGACAUUCACAUGGCCUUCAUUGGAAUCUUUACCACCAUGGCAGGAAUGGUUAUGACUGCUUUUGCCAGAACAACGUUAAUGAUGCUUUUAGUCCGGCUGCCAUUCCUUUUCACGAUUGUGCCGCUCUCUGUUCUACGGUCCAUGAUAUCCAAAGUGGUUCGUUCUACUGAACAAGGUACCCUGUUUGCUUGUAUCGCCUUCUUAGAAACACUUGGUGGAGUCACUGCAGUUUCUACUUUUAAUGGAAUUUAUUCAGCCACUGUUGCUUGGUACCCAGGCUUCACCUUUCUGCUGUCUGCUGUGCUAUUGCUAAUUCCAGCCAUCAGUCUAAGCAUUGUCAAGUGCACCAGCUGGAAAGAGGGAGGCUAUGUAAUUCUUUCACAAGAGGAAUCCAGUGAACACACCUCAGACAGAUGAUUGUGAUUAAAAAAAAAAAAAAACAAUUGGACACACACAUUAUA